UACGGGAUAGAAUAAUAUAUAGAGGUGCCGUUCCUUAUUACGACUAUUAAAACCGAAUUGAAGCCAAAAACAAAAUAUAAUAUUCUAUGUAUUAACUAGAUAUUUCCUUACUAGAUUUGAGAUGAAAAUUACAUCAAAAAGUGAUAACCAUUUGUUGUAACGCAUGAUAGUAAUAUAUCUAAUUCGAAUUUCGAACUGUUUAUUAUUCAUUGUUGGCAUUUAUUGAUUACAUUACCAUUUACCAAUUCAAUUAAAACUUCCUAAUAAAAACUUAUUUAUGAAUUAAGGCGAUAAUUAUUAUGGUUCAAUAAGUAAAUCAUAAACGGACAGGUUGGCUAAACUGAUUGAAUCUGUACAAUAUAUUAGUCCGUAUGAAAUGGUGGAGCCGUAAAUGUUGUCUAUGUUGUUGGCUUCACUUUUCAGAAAAAAAACAGCUCUUCUAUAUUUAAUAUUGUAUAGCAAUUUACUCUAUGGUUCUACGGUCAGACUGCCGACUUCGUUUACUGUCCUUGUGGUGAGCGGGUUACCAUAUUAUGCGAUUUUCCACUGGUCGGUGUUUUUAGUUUUAUAACCAUUGUCACUCAGGCGUGUUUUUCGCUUUUGCCGUCCAAUUCUAGACCAUUUUCUACAGUUUUAGCAUUUCUUCGUUUUUUUUCUUGUUUUUACCUUUACGAUAUGUAGUGUUAUUUAGUGCGUCGAAAUUCUGGCUGAGGUUCAUGAACUAACCGUUUUCGCGUUGUCGUUCGCAAAUGCGUUUUAUACCUACUAAAAAGUUAUGAAGUUGGCGAGUAGAGUCAUGAUCACCUCCUACCCUGGAUACGUGGUGACCGUUUCUCAAGCAUUACGUGCCAGGCGAUAUGUCAAGGAACUUAUAACUGCUGCCUGUCAUCAUAAUGUCUACAAGUCAAAGUGGUUCUGAAUUUCCGACUGGCAUAGAUCAACAAAACAAAAAGUUUACCACCAUAAUUAUUUAUCCGACGGUGACGCCGGAGAAGAUAAUCAUACCAAUGGUAUCCUGUAUUUUGGGUUUUCCGUUGUUGGCGUUAAUGGUGAUAUGCUGUUUAAGACGUAGGGCCAAAUUAGCAAGAGAUCGAGAUCGUCGAAGAAAUUUGGGAUUUGCCCGAGCCUGCACUAGUGACCAAGGAGUGAUAUCUCUGGCAAGGUUUAGUCCAAUGCAUAAAAUCGGCGUAUACCUGGCUGCAGGGGCGAACGCCAGUGGCGGUGCAUUGCCGUCGCCACUCUCGUCCGGAGGUCGGAACCACCCUCUGCGCAGCGAGAGCCGGUCGUACGCGUCCUGCGACCUUGACCCCGUCAUGGAGGAGCGUAGCGAGAUAGACAGCAGCUGUGGUGGCGUCACCGGUAGCGGACCGGUGGCCGGGGCAGAGACGGUGGCCGACGGUGGCGGAGUCGUCGGCGGAGGAGCGGUCGAGGCGCUCGUGUGUCCGGACAGCUAGCAACACGUGCUGGCCAUCGCCAGGAUAUCGGUGGCCGUGCAGACGGAUAAACCGCCACCAAGACCGGUCAGGUCACCACUGUGGAACACGCUCACCAACAACCCGCCGGACGAGGUGGUCAGCUGACAUCCAGCUCGGCCCGAACAGCUCAAGGCCAUUGCGAUCAUAGAACCUUGACGGGCCAACACACACCCACCCCAUCUCGUCCGCGGUCCAUCCGCCCACUGGUACGGUAAUGAGCGUUUCCGCGGCCUUCCAGACUUCAUUUUUUUUCGUCUUGCCAUCGUCAAGAAUAUUUUAUGUUACUCUAAGACAACUAUUCAGACGAAAAUGCCAAAUAUGUACAUAUGUGCUAUAGUUUGUUUUAUAAACGUAUAGUGUACGCCGUACGGUCUAGUAUCAUACAUCGAGUUAGGCGAAUAAUUCGAAUGUGUGUUUACGUUUAUUAGUUUACUAAAUAUUAGUCGAAUAAUAUGUAUUUAUUAUUUUCUUUUAGUUCAUAUGAUGGUUACCAAUCAAAUAGCUAAACUUUAACUUCAACGAGUUCAACUAUGUAUCUGAUCAGACAAGUAAAAAAAUAUAGAUCCCUAAAAUUCGAAUAAUCCAGAUACUUGGAUCUUAAAAUAGGCAUUUGGGAUUUGACACACACACACACACUAUUCUUCUCUACUAAAUCACACUCCAUCUCCCGCUCUACCUGUCUUCCUUUCAAAUGGAAAUCGCCUACCCGCGGAAAAUUUCAGUUUCAGUCUGAUGGGCAUAAACUUUAGCAAAUAAACUUUCCAAACAAACAAUCUAGACCACACCCACGCAUACGUGUAUGUAUAUAUACUUAUGCGUGUAUAUAUUAUGUGAAUACAAUGUACCUAUCACAGCUGUACCAUGCAUACUCUACUUCUACCCUCUACCACGUCUGCCCUUUACGAGUUGUCGUCGUCAUCAUCAUCGUCACGUGCCACUGUACACUUCUAUUCACACACACACACACACACACACACACAUAUAUAUAAUUACUUUUCAAACUUUUAUCGACCGGAUACCGAAAUCAUGUUUGUUCGGGUGACGGUAACGAAUCGGAUAAAUCCUAAAAUAAACUUUAAAAAACUACGUUCAACGAUCAUCAUCCGUUUGGACGAAAGAACCAACUUAUUGCUCCCUCUUUCGUUAUCGAGUGUCACAACGCAUCCUUUGUAACUUGACAGUUGACAGUAGAUGCCUAUAUAUUUUCACUUUUAUUAGAUAUCGAUACAUGCGGAAUAGAGUUGUAUAUUAUAUUAAUAUAUUAUUAUUAUGCAUUUUAUUACUACUUAAUACUUAUGUGUUUGUAACUUACAAGUUACAUGUAUGUUAGAAUUAAAGUUAGCUGGUAACUACUAACUAUAGGUAUUCCUUACUCGCUGAAUACAUCUGUCUUGUGUAUAUUUUUAACUUUCAUAUUCUGGGUAAAUUAUUUUUCCAACGA